GAUUUAAAACUAUCGAGGUAUGAAAAAUAAGUCUAUUCAUUUUUGAUUUACAUAAAUGAUAUACAUUCCCUGGGUUUUGUAAAGCAAAAUUAUUAUAAACAGUUUUCUUAAUAAACCAAACUUUUAGAAUUUUAUGCUAUUUAUUAUUGACGUAGCUUAAACAAAAUCAAAGCGUAUCUGUGUUAUGUUUUGGUUUCUUGACCAAAACACAACAAACUCUGAGUGUAGUAUAUAAACGCGUUAACAAAUUUAAAGGGUCGUUGCGGAUAGGUUAAAUGUUUUAUAAUUCCCAGCUGUUGAGUUAGCUGUUCACUAGUAAUGUUUGCUUGGGAAAUAAUGAAAUUAACUUGAGUCCUCAUAAAUAAAAUAAAAUAAGGUCUCUGAAAAGAGCUUUCAAAAUGCGGAAAGAAGAUUCAUCUUCUGGCGAUGGACUUAUUGCAGCUGAAGUCGAGGGUAGCCCGGGACUGGCGUACUCAAUAUUUUCUUCGAAUGAGGAACUCAUGGAUAAACUGAAGAUAUUGAACUUCGAGACAGAAUUCAUCAGGGACCUGAAAAUGAAAUCUCCGAGCAGGCACUACUUCGCGGUGCAGACGAACCCCGGCGAGCAGUUCUUCCUGUUCACCUCGCUGGCGGCGUGGCUGGUCCGCAAGACCGGGGACAGCUUCGAGCAGCCCCAGGAGUUUGACGACCCCAACUCCACCAUCGCAGGUCUCCUGGACAGCGUCCGCAAGACAGGCACAGCGCUGAACUUCCCGCCCAGCAAGCUGAAGCAGGGCUGCGGGGAGCAUGCUGUCUCCGUGCUCAACUGCCUGGCCGAUGCCGCUCUCAAGGCAACGCACUUUGUGUGGCAGAAGCCGGAGCCCCCGCCGGACCUCGCGCAGGACGAGGACGACGCGGCGGACGACGAGGCGGAGCUGAUCCUGGAGAAGGUGGAGGAGGAGAUGGCCGCCGAGUUCUCGGAGGAAGAGGAGGAGGUACUGCUGCGAGUGGAGGACCUGGGACACUUCGGCAGCCAGGACGCGGAGGGGCGGAAGCCGGACGACGUCCUGGUGUCGACCACGGACGGCGAGGAGUGGCGGCUGGAGCUGGAGAGGGUGCUGCCGCAGCUCAAGGUCACCGUCACGGCAGGCGCCAGGGACUGGCGGGCACGGCUGGAGCAGAUGCAGCAGCACCGCGCCAGCAUCGAGGACUCGCUGGCCGCCACGCAGGGCCAGCUGGACCGCCUGCACGCCGACAUCACGCACACCCUCGACAAGGUCGGCAGUCGCGAGAAGUACCUCAACUCCCGCCUGGAGACGCAGCUCGCGCAGUACCGCACACUGCAGGACGAGCUGGCGCGCCUGACCGAGCAGUACCGCGACGUGAGCGGGGGAGUCACGGAGCGGUCCCGCACGCUGGCCCAGGUGUCCGAGGAGCUGGAGGCAGUGAAGCGGGACAUGGAGGAGCGCGGCUCCAGCAUGAACGACAGAACGCCGCUGGUGAACAUCAAGAAGGCCGUGAGCGGGAUCCGGCUGGAGAUCACGAGCAUGAACGUGCACGUGGGCGUGCUGGAGCACUCUCUGCUCCAGAGCAAGCUCCGGGACAAGAGCCUUCUGCAGCAGGACCUGAACACCUCCAUGCCGGCCUAGCCUCUCUGUCGCAUCUGCUCCCACGUUGCAGCACGGUCUAGACUACUCUGCACUGGCCUAGCUGCACUUCAGGCGCAAUGCCGCAGGCCUGUUUCAGCUAGGUGUUGGCCUAGCUGCUCAUUUAGCAUGGCUCUGCACCUAGUUGCUGCUUCGUAUGUGCCUUCAAGAUAAACAAAUAUUUAACAUACAUACUGAGAAAGAAUCUGCUGAUGUAUUUGGAAUCCUGUGUGCCUGUUUGUCAAGACAUUGUACAUUUGCACUGAUUAAGAAUAAAUAUUAUUUAUACUUUA